GAAGUGCUCAACUCGGCCAUUUUGCGUAGAAGUUUGCAGACGAUGGCAGGGCGACUCUUGUGUAUGAGGGCUUUGCCCGUGCAGAAGACACUCGGGAGGGCCUCCAUGAGUGACAUGCGAUCCAUUAUUGGAAACAGGGAAAUCGUUGGCUUUGGGUUCAACGGACAGCCGAAUUACGCCGACCGCGUGGAUUUCCCCUUGCCUGCCAUCAGAUGGAAGGAAAACACCCCCGAUAUUCAAGCCUUGCGCGAGAAGGAAAAGGGCGAUUGGCGCAAGUUGACCAUCGAGGAGAAAAAGGCCCUUUACAGGGCGUCCUUCUGCCAGACCUUUGCUGAGAUGAAGGCACCAACAGGCGAAUGGAAAUCUAUUGUCGGGAUCUCGUUCGUGUUGGUGGCCAUAGCGUUGUGGGGCUUCUACGGAAUGAAAACCUUCGUGUACGCUCCUCUGCCUGAGAGUUUCAAUGAAGAAAACAGGAGAGCUCAGCUCAGGCGUAUCAUCGAUUUGCAGAUUAACCCAGUCCAGGGACUUUCGUCCAAAUGGGAUUACGAAAAGGAUGAUUGGAAGAAAUAAGUUAACUUAAAUUUAAAAUAAUUUGAAUGGGUUUUUUGUGACAGCCUAAGAAUUCAUUCAUUUGUAUUAUAGUAAAUUUAGCCCCGAAAUUAUUACAUGGUGUAAUAAAACUGUUCUUUUUAUUAUUUUUGUUUUUUUGUUAAAAUUCAUUACUUAGAAAAUUCUACGGUUCACUUUACGUAUUGUACGUAAUUUUUGCCAAUUAAAAAAUUCAUAACUUAAAAACUA